AAUGCAGCAGCAGGGCGGCCGGCGGAGCUGUGCAGGGACAGCGAGCGCAGAGCCAUGCUGGGGACUGUCCUGCUGCUGCUGGCCCUGGCCAGGACGGCGUGCCCGAGCCCAGCCAGCGUGGCGAGCCGGCGGGCUGAGGCGCUGAAGAAACUCCUGGAAGUCUUCGGCAUGGAAGACCCGCCGGCCCCCCCAACUCACUUCAAGCAGCCACCCCAGUACAUGGUGGAUCUAUUCAACACUGUCGCCAAUGCGGAUGGUGUCACCAAGAACCCUGACAUCCUGGAGGGCAACACCGUCCGCAGUUUCCUGGAUAAAACUCACAGCGAGGAGAUGCGGUUCCUGUUCGUCCUCUCCAGCGUGGCCAAGAACGAGAAGAUCCUGACGGCAGAGCUGCACCUCUUCCGCCUCUGGCCGAGGGUCACAGAUGGGCCCAAAAGGCACCACUUCUGCCAGGUCAGUGUGUACCAGGUGCUGGAGAAAGACAAGCCAGACACCCCUGGAGGGAAGAAGCUGCUGGCAGCACGGCUUGUCUCACUGCAAACCUCGGGCUGGGAGGUCUUUGCCAUCACGCCAGCUGUUCGUGACUGGACCGAAGAUGAAAGCAGCAACCAGGGUUUGUUGGUGACAGUCCAGGGCCUGGGGGGGAGCCCACUUGAUCCCCCACCACUGCAGUUUGCAUCUGGUCGGAGUCACCAUGAGAGCAAGAAGCCCAUGUUGGUCCUUUUCACAGACGAUGGGCGCCGCGGAGCGUCGCUGCCCACAGCCGGCUUCCCAGAUUUAAAGCCUCAGGCUCCCGAUCUCCCUGCCAAGAUGCUGGUGCCCAAGCUGGGCAGGACACGCAGCACACGCUCGCUGGACCGGCUCCAGCCCUGCCAGAGACAUCCCUUGUCUGUGGACUUUGAGGAGAUUGGCUGGUCUGGCUGGAUCAUCUCACCACGGGGGUACAACGCCUUCCACUGCAAAGGCUCCUGCCCCUUCCCUCUGGGCGAGAACAUGCGGCCGACAAACCACGCCACAGUGCAGUCCAUCAUCAACGCCCUGAAGCUGAGCGAGGGCGUCAGCAGCCCCUGCUGCGUGCCCGACAAGCUCUAUUCCAUCAACCUCCUCUACUUCGAUGAUGACGAGAAUGUGGUCCUCAAGCAGUACGAUGACAUGGUGGCCGGGAGUUGCGGCUGCCACUGA